GCUGUCUUCUGAUUAUGUGGAGAUCCACUACGAAAAUGGGAAGCCACAGCACUCUAAGGGUGGAGAGCACUGUUACUACCACGGCAGCAUCCGAGGUGUCAAGGACUCCAGGGCAGCUCUGUCGACCUGCAAUGGACUUCAUGGUAUGUUUGAAGAUAAUACCUUUGUAUAUAUGAUAGAACCACUGGAGCUGAUUCACGAUGAGAAAAGCACAGGUCGACCACAUAUAAUCCAGAAAACCUUGGCAGCACAAUAUUCUAAGCAAAUGAAGAAUCUCAGUAUGGAAAGCAGAGACCAGUGGCCCUUUCUGUCUGAAUUGCAAUGGUUGAAAAGGAGAAGGAAGAGAGCAGUGAAUCCAUCUCGCGGUGUGUUUGAAGAAAUGAAAUAUUUGGAACUUAUGAUUGUUAAUGAUCACAAAACGUAUAAGAAAUAUCGCUCUUCUCAUGCACACACCAAUAACUUCGCAAAGUCCGUGGUCAACCUUGUGGAUUCUAUUUACAAGGAGCAGCUCAAUACCAGGGUUGUCCUGGUGGCUGUAGAGACCUGGACUGAGAAGGAUCAUAUUGACAUCACCACCAACCCUGUGCAGAUGCUCCAUGAGUUCUCCAAAUACCGGCAGCAUAUCAAACAGCAUGCUGAUGCUGUGCACCUCAUCUCGCGUAUGACAUUCCACUAUAAGAGAAGCAGUCUCAGUUACUUCGGAGGUGUCUGUUCUCGCACAAGGGGAGUUGGUGUGAAUGAGUAUGGUCUUCCAAUGGCAGUGGCACAAGUAUUAUCGCAGAGCCUGGCUCAAAACCUUGGAAUCCAAUGGGAACCUUCUAGCAGAAAGCCAAAAUGUGACUGCACAGAAUCCUGGGGUGGCUGCAUCAUGGAGGAAACAGGGGUGUCCCAUUCCCGAAAGUUCUCAAAGUGCAGCAUUUUGGAAUAUAGAGACUUUUUACAGAGAGGGGGUGGAGCCUGUCUUUUCAAUAGGCCAACAAAGCUAUUUGAGCCCACAGAAUGUGGAAAUGGAUAUGUGGAGGCUGGAGAGGAAUGUGACUGUGGUUUACACGUGGAAUGCUACGGAUUGUGCUGUAAGAAAUGCUCUCUCUCCAACGGGGCCCACUGCAGCGAUGGGCCGUGCUGUAACAAUACCUCAUGUCUCUUUCAGCCACGAGGGUAUGAAUGUCGGGAUGCUGUGAAUGCGUGUGAUAUUACUGAAUAUUGUACUGGAGACUCUGGCCAGUGCCCACCAAACCUUCAUAAACAAGAUGGAUAUGCAUGCAAUCAAAAUCAGGGCCGCUGUUACAAUGGGGAGUGCAAGACCCGGGACAACCAAUGUCAGCACGUGUGGGGGACAAAGGCUUCCGGGUCUGACAAGUUCUGUUAUGAAAAGCUAAACACAGAAGGCACUGAGAAGGGAAACUGCGGGAGGGACGGAGACCGAUGGAUCCAGUGCAGCAAACAUGAUGUGUUCUGUGGGUUUUUACUCUGUACCAAUCUUACUCGAGCUCCACGUAUUGGUCAACUCCAGGGUGAGAUCAUCCCAACUUCCUUCUAUCAUCAAGGCCGAGUGAUUGACUGCAGUGGUGCUCAUGUGAUUUUAGAUGAUGAUACAGAUGUGGGCUAUGUAGAAGAUGGAACGCCGUGUGGUCCAUCCAUGAUGUGUUUAGAUCGGAAGUGCCUACAGAUUCAGGCCCUGAAUAUGAGUAGCUGCCCACUUGAUUCCAAGGGUAAAGUCUGUUCAGGCCAUGGGGUGUGUAGUAAUGAAGCCACCUGCAUCUGUGAUUUCACCUGGGCAGGGACAGAUUGCAGCAUCCGGGAUCCAGUUAGGAACCUUCACCCCCCUAAGGAUGAAGGACCCAAGGGUCCUAGUGCCACCAAUCUCAUAAUAGGCUCCAUCGCUGGUGCCAUCCUGGUAGCAGCUAUUGUCCUUGGGGGCACAGGAUGGGGAUUUAAAAAUGUCAAGAAGCGGAGGUUCGAUCCCACUCAGCAAGGGCCCAUCUGAGUCCGCGGCCGCGGGUGAGCGGUGCCUCGCACUGUGGGAUUCUGGGUGAGACAUGCCCGCUGCACCCUUGCUGGAGCUGCUAAGUCUGUAAGCGAGACCGCUGGGUGGUUAAUGACCACAGGACUGAAGUUGGGGACAGGGAUGGGGUAAAAGGAAACUGUCCUUUGGGGAAAUAAUUUCAAAGAACCCCUCUCACCACCUGUCAAGAAAAGGGGAUAAAAGACAAUGUUCUAAAAAGAACUAUUUCAGAACCGUUUUUUUUUUUUUUCUAACUAAAGGAAGAAGGAACAAUAACAAAAAAUUAAGUGCAAUAAAAGAACCAUAAAAAAUAGCAAAUGAAUUUUUUUCUUUCCUCAGCCUGCUGGCACAUAAUAUCUCCUAAAUGAUUUGGCAUGAUUUUUUUUUUCUUUUCCUACCAAUGACACACUCCAGUGGCAUGAAGAUCUAAUUUUCGAAAGGGUAAAAUCCGCAUGGCAUAUCUACAACAAGCAGCUAGCAAGCCAAUCCACAGCAAAACCUGCAGCUGAAUUCCCAAGGUGAAGACGUCCCGGGAACACGCGGAGGUUGCCUGGCCCUCACCCCCUCGUCUAGACCGGGCCACGAGAGACUCCACGGACCCCAGCUCUUGUUGAGUCCCUUUCCCCUCGUGUGUUUGCCUGGGCCAGGCAUCCUUUGGAAAUGGGAGCUGGAAUUUGAACAAUGAUGCUAUUGUAUAGUUCUUUUAUAAAUGUAAAUAUGGAAAUAAGAGAUUUUGACACAUCAUUUUCACUUGUCUGUACUGGAAUAUUUUUCUUGUAAAGGUUCCCUGUAGAUUUGAGUUUAUUGUUUGCUCCCCAUCUUUUGGGUUCUUUUCGCUGUUUUUUCUCUCUCUUCUCUGAUAACACGUUGUUCAGUGAUUUGGAGGCUUGCUUCAAAAAGACAGAUGUAGCCACAGAUGCAGGGAGUUUUGGUACAAAACAGGUGCAAGUUAACAAGGAAAUGCUUGAACGAAAUGAAAUGCUUGAAACCAAAAAUAAGCAAAAGCGGGGCGGGGGGACACAAACAACUAAAUAACCCAUAUUAAAAACACAAAAAUUAUGUAAAUGCAAAUAUAUGUACCGACAAGUCUAACAUUUUUUGAUGUCAUUAUAAAUGUAUGUAUAUAAUGUAAGAAAGUAGACACCCUCUCGUAUGAAUCACAAAAGUGCCAAGCUCAUGACUUGCGUUUUUGGUUUUUGACAGUUUUCUUUCCCUGUCUUUAAUGUGAAAGGAGGAUAAACUUAAAGCCUUAAAUUAAAAAAUAACUUUUCAAUGUUAAAAAACUGGGUGUGGGGGGGAAGUUAGGCUUUUCAUUUUAUUCACAUCGAUUAUUGUCAAUAUCUCAUUCAUGCCUCAUCUUUCCGCCUCGAGAUACAGGUGGUGGAGCCCCAGCGGCAAGCUGCUAAUGGACACAGAAGCAGGGGCUGCUUUCCCGUGAGCGUGGCUCUCGUGGGCUUUACGUCUGUGUGUUGCGUUUUCCACAAAUCUUGUUGGGGGCCCGUAGUGUGUGACUGGUCUGUGGGAUGUUCUGGAUUGUGAUGGGAUUCUACUACUCACAAAUUCGUGAUCUUCUUUUGCCUCCAGGCAGAUGUGCAGAUGUAAUCUGGGUUCCCAAGUCCCUCCGAGUUUCCUUCGCCGGCACUGCUUUCUUCUUCCAUUUAGGAUCAAGAUAGCUUCCGUUCAAGUGUUCAGUAUAUACAUGAAUAAAGAAAUGUGGUCCUGACUUGGUUUUGAAUGUAGAAACUUGUACGUGAGUCCUUCGGUCAGCACCCGCUUAAGAGAUGAGCUUUCCUGAAGCCCCCGCCCUGAGAGCCUGCACUUCUCUAACGUCCCCUUUUCAGGAACAGGACACGCCAUCCUACUAUUCACUUCAUGACAACCAGAUGAGUUGCUAGAUGUGGCUUUCAGUCCCUUUCCAGCAAGAUUCAUAACACCAGUCUCACAGUUUUUGCGAUAAUGUGCUAAAAGUGUACUGCUUAAAACUGGGGUUGUUGUUUUUUUCCCCAGGUAUAUUUAAUUGCGGCAGUAUCACAAUCAUAGAGCAGAAACCUUAAUUUCAGUAUGCUGACCUCACCUAACAUCUUAAUCCUGUUACUGCUCUCUGAGUACUAGGUGCUACCCAGGUCCGCAGUCUUUCUCUAGAACUAGCUGUAUAUUUAUAUUGUAACAACAGGGCUAUCUACAAGGUGUAUCAGCCUUAUUCUGCUUCAUGAGACACAGGCUGUGCCCCUCCACCUAGUGGCAACGGCCCUUUCAGCCCAGAGGAAACUCAGAUUACUUGGCAUCUCUUCCUGUCACUGUAUUGUCUUUGUUGCUAGAUCCUACUCCCUAGCGAAUUCCACCUGUUACUGAGUGCACCACACACAUUUCACUGCUCUUCCAGAGGCACCACGGGUGACUUCACAGAACCAAAACCACGGUGGUUACAAAACAAGUUAAAUCUCCAUUAUUAACUUUUGAGCAUUUCACAGACAACAUUGUAAGUGUGCGAUGUUACGUUUUAAAUCAGACCACAGUGGUCCCCAAGUAUUAUGUACAUAAUGGCAAACGUCGGUGUAACUGUUUGUUACACUGGCAGUCUCCUAGGUAACCGAACCUAUGUUCCAACGUUAAAUUAUCUAUGUGUAUAUGUAAAAUACACAAGCUUGAAGCUGCCUGUGUAUGAAGAUGAAAGAUAAUGCACCCAUACCAACCCUAAACAAUGGAUUAUAAUUAUUUUUGGUGGUACUCGGUUAUGUCGUUCCGAACUCUUUGCUGUCUUUUCUCUUGCACAUGCCGUUCAUUUGCUGAUUUUUGUGGUGAGAGUAGUCCUUUUUAUGAAUUUGAGCUCAAAGCAUAAGCGUAUCGCCAUCUUACUGUUACCCAACAAGAGUUAGCGUUAAGUGGUGACAAGUUCCCAUUUCAUCUGCUCUUUGCUGCAUUAAUUAACGACACCUGGAUGAGGAGGUGUGCGCUAACUUCGUUGCUCACCUGGGAUACUGCAUGAGCCCACUGAAUUAGUGCUACUCCUAUUAGAUAAAUGAGCGGUACACAUAGGUGCAUGUUAUGAAACAUGAAUCACAUAGAGCUGUGGAGUUUUACCAAGUAGUACGUUUUUUGUUUUCGUUUUUGUUUUUACUAUGCAAAGAUGGGAAAUGCACAAACUUCUCAAAGACUCCAGUGUCUGAAGAACUUUACAAACAAUACUUGAACCUUUCUUUCAAGUCAUCCCAUCAUAUUUUAUAGUCAUUGUUGCUUCCAUUGUUAAUUUUCGUUUUUAAAUGGUUUGUAAUUUUUUAAGUGUACAACCUGAAGUUUUGUUUGAAGUUAAUAAAUUCAUUCAUAAUUUCGUUGGCUGCCUAUGAAUGGAGAUUCAGUAGUCAUUGUAUGCAUCUUUUAGUCAAGUGUGUAUUAAAAUCUUUGUUAACAUAGA